AUGUUGCUAUUCACUGAUAAUGAUUCAACAAGAAAUUCUUCUAUGAAUCAACCUCUUCAUUCCUCUGAAUCACUACUACCUUCAUCGUCAUCAUCAUCACUGCCCACCAUCUCUCGUGUUGGUGAUGAUGAUGAUGAUGAAACACUGACACCUGAAAUUAUCACUUCUCCUCGUCGUCGAAGAGGAGUAUCAACACCACCAACACCACCAACACCAAUAACACCACCAACACCAAUAACACCAAUAACAACAACAACAAAUUGUAUCCAUGCAUCGACUCUUAGUGGUGUUACUGAUGCUGGAGGUAUUGGAAAUGCUGAUGGAGGUACUCUGAAUCGUUCACUACAUCAGAUGGAUGCAAGUGUUGGUGGUACAAGUGAAGGUCAAAGUGAAUCCAUCCAUCAUCAUGAUGACCUCAACAAGAACAACAACAACAAUAGAUUCUCUUCAUCAGAACAUCAACAACUCUUUACAACCUCUUCAGAACAACAACAACUCUUUACAACAGCGACUACUUUUCAACAAGUCGUCAACCAAACACCAACCACCACUUCUCCAUCUUCUCCAUCUUGUGUAUUAGAAUCACAAUUAAAACAACAUUUAAUUGAAACACUUUCAAAAGCAUCCAUUGCCAUUCGAUAUGACAUGGUAGAUCAUCAAUAUUCACAAGCAAGACAAUUGUAUUUGGAAGUAGCAAACAUGUUGAAUCAAUUAUCACCAUUUGUUCCUCAACAGUAUAGUAGUGUGUUAUUGAAAUAUAGUAAAUUAUAUUCAGAGAGAGGAAAUCAUUUAGGAAAACAAUUACAUUCAUCAUCACAUUCUGACACACAAUUUAUUAAAAAGAGUGAUAGAGAUGGCAAUAAGAUGGAAAGUAAUAAUCAUAGUAGCAAGAUGGAAAGUAGUAGUAGUAGUGGUGGUGUCAUGUCAACAACAAGUGGAAACAAUUCUUCUCUGAUAACGACGAGUGAUAAUACUACUAGUAAUGCUACUACCACCACCACCACCACCAUGAAUACUAGUACUUCACUUUCCAAUAUAUUAUCUAGUCAUAAGAAAAUCAAAAAGAGUGUCAAAGAAUUGAAUUCUGAAUUGCAUGAUUAUUUAUAUUCAACGAAAAGCCAUCGUAACAAGCUUGGAUCCUCUUCUUCUUCUUCUCUACAUAACAGCAGUCAUAAUUCUUCAACAACAACAACAACACUUGUUUCAUCAUCCUUACAAUCAUUCUCAUCCUUACAACAACAACCAUCUUCUUUCUAUUACAUUCAUAAUCCCAUUCAACUCAAUGAAAAGUAUCAAUUCAUGGAAGAAUCUCUACCUCCUUACAAUACAGAUCUCAAUCCUCCUCAAAAAUCAACACAUCGACCCUAUUGGUUAAUGAAUCGAUUAGGAUCUAUUAUUUUAAAUGGAGGAUAUUUAACCAAUGAUUUAUAUAUUAGUAAGAAAGUAUGGUUUCAAAGUGGAGUGAAAUUAAGUUCACAACAACACAAGAUUAAUUUUUGUCAAAAAUUGUGUGAAAUGAUUGGAGAUUUUAAAACAGAAAUGAUGAUGGCCAUGAUGAUGAAUCAUUCAUCGAGUCAGAAACAACAACCACUACAACCACAACCACAACAACCACAACAACCACAACAAACGAGUGAAAUCAGCCAAGGGAAACAUUUCUUAUCAAAUUCUUCUUCUUCUUCCAAUACUUCUACUGCGAAUAGUACUUUUACAAAUACUACCACCACCAAUACUAUCACUUCUACUAUUAUGGUUUCAACUACUACAACUCCUACUAAAAAUACCAAUGUUCCUCCUCCUCCUCCUCCUCCUCCUUCUGUACCAUCAUCACAUUCCUCCUCAUCUCUAGAUAUUCGAAAAAUCAAUGUCAAACUCGUCCUCUCCUUAUUAGACAAAUUUUUAGAUCAGUCAUCUCUCCUUCAAAAAGAAUUAUCAAAAUAUGUCAAUUUAACACCCUUACUAGUAACCACACCUCAAAUGAAUCAAAAUAAGUCAUCAUCGACAGCAACAGCACCUUCCUCUUUCAUGUCAACUUCUUCAACUAGUGCUGCUGCCACUUCUGCCACUACUAGUACUACUACUAGUACUACCCUCUAUCCUUCACAUCUUACAGACACCACCACCACCACCACCACCACCACCACCACGAACAACAACAACAAUAAUACCACAACCACCACCACCACUUCUACUACUGGUCUUUCUUCUUCUUCCAUUCUCACCAGUCUAUUCAAUACUGUUGGAUCCAUUGCAUCCAGUGGAAUGAAUACUCUCACAGAUGUCUUGUAUGAAGAAAAUCAUCAAGAAGAGGAGGAUGAUGAGGAGGAUCUAGUAGUAGUAGUACCAGCACAUAGGGAUCAAACAAGAUCGACAAAUCCAAUCACAUCAACAACAACAACAACAACAACCACUACAACAACCAUACAUUCAAAACCAACAACAACAACAACAACUGAAGAUGUUGCAGCAACAACAGGUUCUACCUCAUCGAGUACCACCGCCAGUUCUCACACCACCACCACAACUAUGAACAAUCACCCAACAACAACAACAACAUCCUCAUCGUCCUCAUCCUCCUCUUCAUUCAGUAAGGUAUUUGGAUUUGGUAAAUCUCUCUACAAAUCCAUCUCAAAUACCAUUAAAAGUGGAUCCAAUAGUCUCAUGACAAGUGUGGCAAGUGCAGCAACACAAGCAACCACAAAAGAAGAGACCACUGAGAGACCUUACAUUCCAUGGUUAAUUCAAGUGUGUCAUAGUGUUCAAUGUUUUGAAGAAUACAUGACACUCUAUGAAAUGGAAUUGUCAUCCUUGAGUGGUAUGAUGACAAGUGUUGUUGUUGAUGAUCAUACGUCAAGUAGUUCAAGUGGUUUGAGUAGUUCAAGAUAUUAUUAUUCCAAAUUACAAGAUUUGAGACAUAUUGUGGAGAGAUUUGAAAGAAUUUCAAACAUGUUGAAUCAAACACUGUGUACAUUUAUGAUUCAAGACUUGUACAUCUUGUUAGACAAGUAUUUAUUGAAACAACGAGAUGCAUUGGCUAAAUUAUUUAUUCAUUCCAAGAAUGUUCAUUCAUUUUCAACAAGUGCAGCAACAACAACAUACAACCACGACGCUGCACCCAUGAGUACUACUGCCACUACUGCUACCACUACUGCUACCACCACACUCUGA